AUGACGACCCUCUCAACGAAGCGAAAGGGCGUCAAUCCCUUCGGCGACGGCGCGAGCUCAGACGACAAUCGCAGGCGAAAAAACACAAAGACGAACACACCCGGCGAUUGGAAGAAGAAGACCGCGCAGGCGGCAGGCGCGAGGUCGAAUGGCGCGACGAGAGGCGCGAAAGGCUUUGGUACAUCACAGUCGCGUGGUGGCUUCGGCUCUCAAAAUACUGACUCCCACAAAGGCGCGGACUCUACCGACUACGAGACCGACGAUGCGAACGGCGGCACUGGCGGCGAUGGCACACCGUACUCGGAGCGGAUCUUUGCUCAGCUGAAGAAGGAUGGAAUCGCGCCGCCAAAAUGGCCUGCCGAUCCGGGAAACACGAAGCAAAAGGCCGCGAUGGCCAAGUUCAGGGAAGACUACAAGACCUACCGCGAUCGUGCUAGGACAUCGUUGAUGCGCGCGGGCUUGAUUGACGAUCCCGACAAACCCAAGCGAUUAGAAGACGCGAUCGACUUCAAAGGCAUUUGCGACGCCAUGUGCCCCGACUUCGAGAAAAUCACGCGCAUUACCGAGUUCGACGUACAAUUCCCCGAGAAGAACUCAGCCACGACGUUUGCUGUUACUUCAAAGAUGGUGAAGAAGCUUGCUCGAUCCGCGGCUGGACAGGAAGCUCCACUACCGAUGGACGUCAGAUCUACGGCGGCAUUGAGGAAAACCUUGGACUACUUGAUCGACGACCUACUACAAACAGACGACAACCUUCCUGUGUUGCAUGGUUUUCUAUGGGACAGGACGCGUGCCAUUCGGCGCGACUUCAUCUUCCACUCCACAAUGGCUCCGGCAGAAAUGAAGGACCAAGUUUACUGCCUCGAGACGAUUGCCAGAUUCCACGUCACAUCGCUUCACUUGCUCUCUCAGGAAGGCUUCAGGCCUGAAGACUUUUCAGAACAACAGGAAAUCGAACAACUGGGCAAGGCUUUGCUCUCGUUGAUGUUCGCAUACGACGACUGCAAACCACACGGCGUGAUUUGCGAAAACGAACCCGAGUUCAGGGCCUAUCACUUGCUUUUCAGCGCGAAUAAGCCAAACAUCCUGGAUGACGUUCAGAAGGAAUGGGGUGACUCGCGGUUUUGGGCAGAUUCGGACGAGAUCAGGACAGCUGUGUCUCUUGUGGAAAGCUUGCAGAGUUCUGCAGAUUUCCACGGGCCUCUUGGCUCUGCACCGUCUAUGGCAGUAUCGGCUGCGCACCGGACCUAUUUCAAGAUUGUCGAAAGCCGCCGAGUAUCCUACACGAUGGCAUGUUUCGCAGAAAUUCAUCUUGGCCAAUUACGUCGUUCGGCACUUCGAUCUUUGAAGAAGGCGUAUACCCGACCUAGGCACGGAGCGAAAGACAUCACGCCUUCAGCACUUAAUCGAUUCCUCAACUUUGACACGGAGGCCCAGGCUGUCGAGUUUGCCGAACAACACGGAUUGACCUUUGUGGAUGGGGAAUCACCUUCUGGCGAGCUGGUCCAGUACCUAGACACCUCGAGCCGCCUGACCUGGCCUAGAAUCCAGCACAGCUUUUCCCGGAACCUGGUAGAACGAAAGCGAGGAUCACGCAGCCUUCCGGAAGUCAUACACAGCACUAUACCAGACGAAUCAUCGCCCGCAGAACAAUCACCUUUUGCCUCGAACAACAAUGGUCUGUUUGUCAGCGAUGCAUCUAAACCUGCUCCAAAACCCGUUCAGCCCGUGGCCAACGGCAACGGGGUGUUCAAGUCUCCCUUUUCAGCUACGUCAGGAGCCACCCCGACCAAUCCAGCAGGAGCGUCACCAUUCGACAAAGGUAAAGAACACUCUUACCAUCACUUCAACCUUCAUCACUAUGUGUCAUUUAAUGCCCUUUUCGAAAUCGCCCCCGCUUUACUCUUCGCAAGUCAACUCCGUCAAAACCUCGGACUGCUUGUACUCUGUGGACAGUACAACAUUAUCAUGGAAUCUUAG